GUAGUCGCCAGAACCCGGUCCGGAAGAUUGUAGGAUACAUCGACAUCAUUUCAGGCUGCUCAUGAUGCAUCCGUCUCCCUCUUGCUGAUCGUUGUUACUUCUUCUAUAGCCUCAACGUCAUGACAUGACCAUGCAGCGGCCUGCACGACCUUCCACACUUGGCAAAGAGCAGGAUGUCGAUGUCAUAUGAGCCUUGAUACAAUGCGACCUCGAGAAGCCGGCAUGCCGGACAGAGAUCCAGCGGUGCGCAGUGUGGCUUUGCUACACCCAGCUCAAUGCAGGCGUGGCCCAAUUUCGAACGGUCACCCUUUUACCCGGCGAAUAGUCAGACUUAUCCACUGUCAGCUCAAUGUGCACUCUCUGGUUAAUGCUCCUCACUAUCGAACGAUAUCUUACGCGUGGGGAGAUUCUCGAGACACAGCACCGAUCAUUGUGGAUGUACAGAGCUCACGAUUCCCAGCAGCCUCGAGUCAUGUCUUAGACAUCUGCGCAGUUCUGGAAGCGUGCUGAUAGAUUUGUGGGCGGACGCUAUAUGUAUCGAUCAGACGGACAUGGCGGAGAGAGCUCACCAAGUCAGCAAUAUGGG